AUGGGUGUGCCUGUGCUCAUGUUCUGCUUGCGUUCCCACGACUACAGGGGGAUCAUCGAUAACAUCCCUUCCGCUUUCCCCUCCGCUCCCUUCCCGUCCCUCGCCUUCGCCUACCACCAGGUGUUGUCUUUUUUGUUUAGCUGUUACUCCGCUUCUCGGCGUCCUGGCGCGUGCCAAGAAGGACUCGUCGCGCAGCAGAACGACCCUCGCGUACCGAAGAACAUCCAGCCGUACCAGCCGCAGCCCAAGACGAGCUCCCAGGCGACGCCGCAGUGGUCGCAGAUGCCCGCGGGGCCAGGCGGCCCGGUCGUGGCUCCUUACCAGCCGAUGUCCGGGCCGACAG